CCUCGUGAAAAGAAUUUAGGCUUGAGAUUUCUAUUUUCGAGGAGCCAAUGCGAAUGCCAACGAGCUUGAGCUCGACGUUCCGUUCGUGAGGACCGUCGCUACUCAGUGAUACGCGUUACUCUGACCGGGACAGAAACAUGAAUUCAAAGAAUCAAUGGCAAUAUGUUCUAUCUCCGAGAUAAAGGCAGGACUUGACUCAGUAACAUGGUGAAAAGGAAAGCGUGGUCAUGAACUACAGCGAAACAAGUUAUGGUGCCGCUGCAGCGGUACGACCUGGUGCUAAUGCCCAGAAUCUAGGACGUCCUCAAGAGAAUAUAAUGAUGCCGUCCUUGCCUUCAACAGUUGGGACCACUAAGGACGAUUUGGGCAACAAUAAUGUUGGCCGCAAACAAGCUUUCGCGGAAGAGCAGCCCCUUGCUGCUGUGCGAGCGGGAACGGAGAGUAAGGACACAUCCUUGGCGGGAGCUCGCUUUGAUGGAUCAACCUCUGGCUCGCAGGAACCAGUGACUCCUCACUCUUUUCCGACAGAUUAUCUGAUUCUUACUAUGGAAUUUUGCCGCGCACACGUGCUGCAUUUUUAUCUCAGUAUUGUCUUUGGCAUCCUCAUUGCCUGUGCGGUCAUUGGGAUUCAGCCGCUGCUCGCAGCCCUCCUGGAUUUUGCGAACGACCACUAUGGUUCAACGUCAUCGACAGCGGAAAUUUGGCAGAAACGUCUUUUCGUGUUUGUCGGCGUCGCUACGAGCCUCUUUCUCGGGCUACCGGUGGUUCCAUUGCUUUUAUGAGUACUUCAUGCCUAUUCCUAACGUCGCUAAGAAGGGAACACACUGGGGGGCCGACGGUCUCUUACUUCUUAUACCUUUUAGGUAUUUAUUUCGGAGAAGGUUGUAGAAUAUCAUCUACUAGCAGAAGAAAAUGUAGAUGAGUCUAGAUGAUUCACCUGACCACUAGAUGAGAGUAAAUUGAAUUGAGGUAUUCAGUCUACAGGACUAACUCUACCAAGAGCUACAUCCGCGCACUUCAACGACGAAAUGACCCAAGAGAGAGAAUCAACAAGACCUCCAUUUUCAUAUUCGAUGUUCACCGGUUUUUUCUUGAAGAAAGUCGUAGUGGCCACGCUCCUCAACGCCUGUGCACUGGCCGUCGUGAGUUUCGGGCAGUACAAACUUGCGCGAGGCCAGAAAAAGACUCUCCGCGUCAUGCUUCAACGGGAUUUCCCUCGCUCCUUUCGCGUGGCAACGCUGGUCGAGCGGGAUCCGAAGCUCGUUGUACUUUUCCGCUUUUGCUUCUUCCCGCUCAUACUGAAGAAUCUAGUGUUAAGUCUAAAAAUGGUCUAGUUUCGUCCACAUGAUCGGGCUCCGUAGUUGUGAGUGUUCUAGAUGUGACAACGAGGUUGUAUCAAUGAUAUUUUAGAGUCCGCAAGUACGCCAACUACUUGAUUUUGAUAGAUGUUGAUGAUUUCAAUGGAGCAGACAUGCAUAUUAUUUGUUGAUCAUUUCAAUGGACGGAGCAGACAAUUGAUAGAUUAGAGGGUACAAGUUGAUGAUUUCAAUUGAGCAGAUUCGCAUGUUGAUGGAGAGCUGCCGCUAAUAGUAGCCGGGGUUCUGCGUUUCCCACCCUUGGCGUUCGCACUUUCGGUUGCUGCCCAUUCUCUUUAUCUUGGGGCGCUCUUUGCAUGGGUUGGAAGCGCGUCACGAGAUUUGACGCAGGCGCUUGUGGGAGAACAAGGAGCUGCGGCAGCGUCGGGUGCCGCUUCACCACCCCCACCUCCAGGAGAUACUGGUGGAAACAAAUCUACCACGUCCAUUAUGAACAGCAAAAUUAUUUACUGCAUGCUGCAGAAGGAGAUGAAGCAGAACCACCCGACUCGCCAGCGGGAUCACUACAACAACAACAGGUGAAGAAAUAAGAAGUAACUCCUCCGAGUAAGUACUUGGUACUUCUACUGAUCGAUAUUAAUAGAUGAUUUUGAUUACUAGCAGGGCCAGGGGAAUCAUGUGAUGAAUGAAUAGUAACUAGAUGAUUAACUAGAAGAUGAAUACAAAUAGGGAAGUGCCAGUGCCACUGUGGAGUAGGUCUUGUUCUAACGCCAACUGGUCUGGACAGCUUUCUGUGCAGUUCGUUGCGUGGCUCUUUCUUACAGGCAUUCCGACUGUCGUGAUGAUCAUCGUGCUCAGCUGUUUCUACUCCAAAGAAUUUGGGCAGAUGCGGCAGAUGAUACUUGCAGAAUCCGAAAGCUCUGUCGGAGUCAUGUAAGGCUACAAGAAUACGAAACUCAUCUUCCCCGCCAGCGACAUCUUUGUCCUCUCGCUUUUCCAGAGGGAAUAAACGGGAACGAAGCUGAGACCGAAGAUGGAUUUCUCUUACUUCUAAGAGGAAGAAGAGGUGACAAAGUUGUCCUCCGGACGACAAGGACCACAUCAAGAAGCGACUUCCAUUUCUCUAACGGGUGACAUGCCAAGGACGCAACACAAUCACGAAUGAACGCAUUUCAAAUAAGUGGCGGUGCUAGUGUUCAACAGUUUUUUUUGCCAGACGCUCUUGCUCUAUGUCUAUUCAACGGCAAGUACACCACGACGAGGACUGCAUUUUCUUCGUUCGAACAUUAUCUACCAUGCGCGGCAAUCUAUCCGUCCGUGCCCCAGGGACACUUCCAAACAGCGCAGGCACAGGAUAAUAUGCUGCAGUGUAGACAUUGAUUCGUUACGCUUGUUACCGUUGUCACGAUAUUACGCUACUUUAUGUUUGCUGCUAGGCUUUUUCUUGUUUUAUCAUAGAUGCCACAUGUACAUGUUGCAGACGUUUAUGAUUUAUUUAAAUCGCAGCUCUGCUCGCCCCGGACCCCGCAUUUUCGCACGAAGAACAUGCUUUAUUUUUCCCGUAGAUAUCGUCUCAAACUCAAGGAAAAUGGCCCAGCACUGUCGAAUAGCAUAAGGGCUGCGAUAUUGAACAGAACAAGCAGAGAGGAUAGAAACACUAAAAAUUUGUGAGAUCAUGGGCUGGUGAAGCUGGAAAUGAAAAACGAGAAGAAGUAGAAGAAGAAGAAGAAGAAGUUGGACGCGCUUCAAGGUGGAAGUACUAGAAGAGUCAUUGACUUUGACAGGAG